GGGCGGGCAGAAAAUUCUACGCGUUUGUCGGGUUUUGCGCUCUUCCUAAAUAUGUGAUCAUCCCGAAGCCGAGGGUCCUGGACAUGUGAGGACGCAGCGAGGCCACCACUGCCGACCCACGCUGCUUUGGGCUCCCGGAUGACCAUGUCUAUGGAUUUUAAAACUUAUGUAGAUCAGGCAUGUAGAGCCGCUGAGGAAUUUGUCAAUAUUUACUAUGAGACAAUGGACAAAAGAAGGCGGGCACUGACCAGGCUGUAUCUGGACAAGGCCACUUUAAUAUGGAAUGGAAAUGUUGUCACUGGGCUGGAUGCCCUAGCCAAUUUUUUUGAAAUGUUGCCUUCUAGUGAGUUCCAGGUUAAUAUGUUAGAUUGCCAACCAGUUCAUGGUAAGAUCAGGGUCUUCCAAGAGCAAGCUACCCCAUCCCAGACCACCGUUCUUGUUGUGACCAGUGGAAUUGUGAAGUUUGAUGGAAACAAACAGCACUACUUCAACCAGAACUUCCUGCUGUCUGCUCAUUCGACUCUUAACAACACCGUGUGGAAGAUUGCAAGUGAUUGUUUCCGUUUUCAGGAUUGGGCUAGUAGUUAAAGGGGGUAAAGGUCCAUUCUUCUUUAGUGCUUUAGUUCCGGCAACAGCAAUUUAUGUGAAUUAAUUCAUUUCAUUGUAGAAGCACUGUAAACUAGUAUGUGUUAAAACUAGAUUUCUUUAAUAUUUUUUUUGAUUUCUAGCAGCUGCCAGUUUGGAUCACUGCCCUUAAGAGCUUUAAUGCUAGUUUUUUACAUGCCUUAUAUACAUUCCACUAAUGACAUUCUGAUAGUGAUGUUAAACACAUGAUCUCUACUAACAUUCACUGUGAAUUCAGCCCGUCGCAAAAAUGAAAUCCUUUUAUAAUACUAUCCGUGGGUUAUCAGCACAACAUAACUCUCUGGGAGAAAGUGGGGUUUUUCUGGUUAUUAGGUUAGUUUUGUAGUAAAACAUACACUUAUUUUCAGUAAACACUGGUAGUGCAGUUUUAAUAUAUGGCUUUUUCAUAUCAGCUCAGUGAAAACAUUACUAAUUUAAAUUUGCAUAACUACUCAGACAUACUGGAAUUGCAUGUAGAGAUGUUCGGUAGUCUCUUUAACAUGUUAAGUAACGUGUUUUAUGUUGGCAUGUUUUUUUGUGAAGUGAAUUAGUAGACUAGAGAGAUACAUAAUGUCUCAGUUGAUACCUGAGUACUAGGUACAAUUUGGUGGCUUAAAAGCAAAACUUCUUAAAAAGAUUUUUCUUGGCAACUCCAGGUCUAUAACUUUGGGUUAUGUAUGAUAGUAGGACUGAUAGCUUUAACGUGAGAAUGGAGAAUGAGAAAUGUCGAGGUCUAAGGUUAGAGGCAAAAGUAAGGAGGGGUGGCCAAAUGCUAAAUUUUUGGUGCUUGUUUUCUACCCUUGAAAAUGUUUUAAGUCUUAUUUUUAGGAUUUUAAAUCACUAAGGUCAUCGGUAUCCUUGCCAAAUGGUCACAAGUAUCACAUUUGUUCUAAAUACGAUUUUUCAAAGUUUUUCAACUUACCUCAUACUUAUCACCAAUAUAGGUCUCAAUUUAUUCAAGAAUUUUUGGGGGUAAAAUGUCAGCAAUAAGCCUAACCUUGGCAGCUGGAGUCUGACAGGAAAGUCGGAAGCAAAGCUAUUGCCAUUAGUAACAGGACAUGUCUCUUAACAUCUAUGUCUUCCAUGUAAACUUUAGGCCAAAACUCUACAAUAUAUUAACGCCCCACGAGAUAAGUGAUUUUACCGCAGCAUUUUACACUGUCAACUGUGUUAUUUUUUAAUUAUUUGAAAUUAAAAAUUAUUUUUUAUGAUUUAUUCUUCCAUAUGGCAUUGAACAAUAAGAUCUGUUUUAAAACAUUCUGUUUCUGUUAUGUGGCUAACUUUGACUUUUUAAAGAGAAAAUGAAGAACAGCAGAUCUUUAUAAACCCAUAAACUUCAAAACAACAAAUUGAUUAAUUUGAUUCUCAACUUCUAAAGAGAAAGAAACCUAGCUUUGGUUUUUGGUUAAACUUUAAAUGUCUUUUCCAUUUUUUUAAAUUAAUUUUUAAAAUGUUUUUAAGCUGUGUGUGCCAGCGUCGUUUCUACAUUGAAGCUCAAAAUUAAUGUUUCUUCUCAGUUAAUUUUAAAACCAGUAAUUUGUUUCCCCUUGUCCCAGACUGCACACUACAUUUCUGCCAUUUUAACAAAAUAAGGGGCUGGAACUGAAAUUUCAAAAUUAUCCAUGUCUUCUUGUAGUACUGAUCAAAACUUAACACAUUAUAUUCUGCUCAAAAUGAGCUGCUUAUUUUAAAUUGGCUUUUUAAAACCACAGUUUUAGCAACAAUUUGAAUGUCAAACACUAACCCCUCCCCUUAGGGAGAAUAGUUUCAAAUGGAAGCUGCAUAUAACUAGCAAUAACUGGACUGCUAGAACAGUUGUGUACUAGUCACUAGUUUUACAUUUUUAAGACUUGCAUAUGAAUGCCUUUUCCAAGUUCUGUAUAACUUUAGUUGGCUAGAACUACUCUUAUGUGGACUAUACUGUAUUUUUAACAUGCUCAUAUUUUUGUAACUUGAAAAAAUAAAAUAAAAUAUGCCUUGAGAUGAGUUUUAUCAAAUUUGUUUUAAGAUCUUUUGAAUUUUUGAAAGCCCCAGAGCAGGUACUUGUUUUUUUACAAUGUAAGGUUUUUCAAAUUUAACAAAAUGUUAGAAUGUUGAAAACAGUGGCUGACAACUUGAACUUUUUCUUUGCUGUCCUGUCUCUAGCACACCCUAUUCUUUCUCUUUUCCUACCAAGUAUUCAUAUUCCUCAGAUCACCUCUAAGGUCUAAGUCAGAUUUUUGGUGAGAAGUUGCAAAUUUGAACCUUGAGGAACUAGCCAAAAUGCUGUUAAGUAGACAAUCAAAAUACAGUUUUUUUCCAAGAAGAAUGGUCUCAUUAUCUUUAAUUCUACAUUAAAAAUAUGUCAACAGACACUUUUGGAGG